AUGGCAAGCAGGAAUGGUGACCUAUCGGGAAACCAGGCUGCAACAACGGAGAAUCCGCUCGACUAUUCAGAUCUCCUCCACACGCCUUAUAUGGACGCGUUCGCGUUCUCGGAACGAGAACAGCUCGCCUUAGAUCUCUACGAUCAGCUCGGCGAGCUGGAACUACAGCGGAGUUUGCUCGAGGCGCAAAACGAAGCGACGAAUUCAAAUGAUGUUUCGGAGCUCUCGGAACGUGACCUGCAAGAGCAGCUGACUGUCGCGGAGCGCGAGGCCAUGGAGGCGAAGGCAGAGUAUGAGUUGCGCAACCGCAUCACGCGGAAUGUGCUGGCUAUGGAUCCGGUCUUGAAGGCUGUCCAUGGAGGGGAGAGCACGGAUUACGCGGAGAAACGCAUGCUCCCUUUGAUCGCGGAAAAUGAUGUUGUAUCUAUGGUUCAUGGGCACCUUACAUCCAAACUUGUGGAUUUGAACAAGAAGCUACGUGCUGCCGAACAAGGCAACAUCACUGCCAACGAGAGAAAUCGUGCACUCGCGAACGAACUACUUGCUCUUGCUGAGCGGAUGAAGGCGCAGAACACCGAAGAUAUUGAGGAUCCACAGCUGCGAGAGAAGGUGAGGGCAAUGGAGAGAGAAGUCAAAGCAUCUAAGAGGAGAAUGCGGAAUUUGAAGGGCAUCCUCUCGGGAAUGAUUGUUGGAAGUGGCAUCAAUUGGGCGGAAGACGAGGUGUUGCGCGAAUUGGUGAUGGACGACGAGGAUGAUGGGUGA